AUGGCGUCCCCUGAAGUUAAGAAGGCGAUCGCAGAGGCCGCAUCACAGUAUGCGAAGCCUGAAGGGAAGGUUUUCCAGUAUGGUACUGCCGGAUUUCGCAUGAGAGCGGAUUUGCUUAACACAGUUGUUUUUGCCGUUGGAUUACUCGCCGGUCUUCGCUCCAAGAAACUCAGUGGGCAAUGGGUUGGCGUUAUGGUCACUGCCAGUCACAACCCUGCGGAGGACAAUGGUGUCAAGCUGGUUGAUCCUAUGGGCGAAAUGUUAGAGGCCGAGUGGGAGGCGUAUGCGACAAAACUUGCGAAUGCUCCAAUGGAGUCCAUUGCCGAUGUAUACGAUGAACUCAUCAAGGAGAUUGAUGUCAGCAUGGAUAAUCCGGCCCGUGUUGUCUUUGCUCGCGAUACCCGCGCAUCUGGCUCUCGUCUUGUGGGAGUCCUUAAUACUGCUCUUACCGCCACCGAAGUCGAGUUUGUUGACUUGAAAUAUAUGACAACCCCCCAGCUUCACUAUGUCGUCCGGUGCAAGAACACAUUAGGAACACAAUAUGAAUAUGGCGAACCCACUGAGCAAGGGUACUAUGAGAAACUCGCCGCUUCUUUCAAGAGAGUCAUGCGGGGUGUUAGAGUUAAUGGUUCACUGACCGUCGAUUGCGCAAACGGUGUCGGUGGCCCGAAGCUGAGAGAACUUAUCAAGUAUCUACAUGGGGCUGAGGAAGGCGGUGUUGAUAUCAAAAUAGUGAAUGACGAUGUCAUCAACCCGGACAGCCUAAACUUUGACUGUGGUGCCGACUAUGUAAAGACGAAGCAGCGUGCCCCUCCUUCAUCAAAGGCGUCUACUCUCGAUCGCUGUGCCUCUCUAGAUGGGGACGCGGAUCGACUUAUCUAUUAUUUCAUUGACGAGAGCAACGUUUUCCGUAUGCUCGAUGGCGAUCGGAUCGCCACUCUCGCAGCUUCAUUCAUUGGGGACCUCGCGCGGAGUGCGGGUAUCGCUAAUAAGCUCAAGAUUGGUGUUAUUCAGACUGCUUACGCCAACGGAUCCAGUACAGACUACAUCGAAAAGGUCCUAAAGCUCCCCUCUGUUUGCACAAACACAGGUGUUAAACAUCUUCACCAUGCUGCUUUGCGUUUCGAUGUUGGUGUCUAUUUCGAGGCGAACGGCCAUGGUACAGUCACCUUCUCCGAGAAUGCUCUGAAAACCAUCAAGACCACUGAGCCCCAAUCGCCGGCCCAGAAACGCGCGCUCGAAUGCCUCGAUGCUCUCACAGAUCUGAUCAACCAAGCCGUUGGCGAUGCUCUCAGUGACUUCCUGCUUGUGGAAACCAUUCUUGCUCACAAGGGCUGGACCCCAACGGAGUGGCUAGCCACCUAUACUGACCUCCCCUCACGACUUGUUCGUGUGGAGGUUGCUGACCGCUCGAUCUUUAAGGCCUACGAUGCCGAGCGUAAACUCGAGUCGCCGCCCGGCCUCCAACCCAAGAUUGAGUCUCUGCAGUCUCGCUACAACAAGGGGCGGAGCUUCGCCCGCGCAAGUGGUACAGAGGAUGCUGUGCGUGUCUAUGCUGAGGCUGCAAGCCGAUCUGAGGCAGAUGACCUCGCCACCCGCGUUGCAAAUGCAGUCCGCGACGCUGGUACCAAAGAAGUUAUUCAGUAA